UUUAGUAGCAGGGUCUGUAGUACAGGCUGUCCCCAGCAGCGGAGUCAGCGCGCCCCACGUGACGGCUCCGUCUUCAGGCUUUGGCUCUUCGGUGAGCUCCACAAACAGACGCACAUACACACACGCACACACACAUACACACACUCUCUGUGCUCUCCAUCCAGUCUCUCAUUUCUCUCCCUUCCUUAUCUCUUCCCCUCCUCUCUCUCCCUCUGAAUACACACACGCACGCACACACAGACACACACACACAGACACAGACACACACAGAGACACACACAUACCCACCCGUACCGGCAGUGGCGGCGGCGGCGGCGGCAGCCCGGCAGCAGAAGUCAGGGCAAACCUCUAUAGGUUCGUUCAGUCUUUAGUCACAGCAGCAUCAGUAAAAAUCCCAGGAAGGGUGAAGAGUUGAGAGGUUCCUCUGGCAUUUCUUUUCUUUUCUUUUUUCUUUUUUUUUGGAGAGAUUAUUUUUUGUUGUGUUGUGUUUUUUUUUCUCUCUCUCUCUCCCCAUUUUGUUUGCAUCCAGAGGAUGGCAGGCUGCGGGCUAUCGGAAGAUGCCUUCUUCUCCUCUUUCUUUUACAACUACAGCUCCUCCUGGGAAACCUCCUACAACCAGGUGUGUUGCGAAAAUCAAUGAACUAAUAUUGGUAAAAUUGGAGCCCCAUGGAUGAAAGGUACUUUUCUGACCUACUCAUUGCUGGAUCAUCAUCCACGUCCCACCCCUUAACUUGUGCUGCUCUUGUUGGUGAAGACCAGCCCCUUUGCCCAGAUCUCCCAGAACUUGACCUCUCUGAACUAGACGUGAAUGACUUGGAUGCAGACGGCUUCCUAGGAGGACUCAAAUGGUGUAGUGACCAAUCAGAAAUCAUUUCCAAUCAGUACAGCAAUGAAUCUUCAAAUAUAUUUGAGAAGAUAGAUGAAGAGAAUGAGGCAAACUUGCUAGCAGUCCUCACAGAAACAUUGGACAGUCUCCCUGUGGAUGAGGAUGGAUUACCCUCAUUUGAUGCACUGACAGAUGGAGAUGUGACCAAUGACAACGAUGCUAGCUCUUCGCCUAUGCCCGACGGCACCCCUCCAACUCAGGAGGCAGAAGAGCCGUCUCUACUUAAGAAGCUCUUACUGGCUCCAGCCAACACUCAGCUAAGUUAUAAUGAAUGCAGUGGUCUCAGUACUCAGAACCAUGCAAAUAUUAAUCAUAGGAUCAGAACAAACCCUGCGGUUGUCAAGACCGAGAAUUCAUGGAGCAAUAAAGCGAAGAGCAUUUGUCAACAGCAAAAGCCACAAAGGCGUCCCUGCUCGGAGCUUCUCAAGUAUCUGACUACAAAUGAUGACCCUCCUCAGACCAAACCAACAGAGAGCAGGAACGGCAACAAAGACAAAUGCCCUUCCAAAAAGAAGCCCCAUCUCCAGUCUCAGCCGCAUCAUUUGCAAGCCAAACCAACAAGUUUGUCGCUUCCUUUGACACCCGAGUCACCAAAUGAUCCCAAGGGUUCCCCAUUUGAGAACAAGACUAUUGAAAGAACCUUAAGUGUGGAACUCUCUGGAACUGCAGGCCUAACUCCACCUACAACUCCUCCUCAUAAAGCUAAUCAAGAUAAUCCUUUUAGGACUUCUCCAAAGCAGAGGUCGUCAUGUAAAACCAGUGUGCCACCUUCAAAGAAACCCCGCUAUAGUGAAUCUUCUGGUACCCAAGUAAAUAACCCCAUUAAGAAAGGUCCAGAACAAUCAGAGCUGUAUGCUCAGCUCAGCAAGACUUCAGUACUAUCCAGCGGACACGAGGAGAGAAAGGCAAAACGGCCUAGUUUACGGCUAUUUGGCGACCAUGACUACUGUCAGUCAAUUAAUGCAAAGACUGAAAUACGCAUUAAUUUAUCACAGGAGCUCCAGGACUCUAGACAACUAGAAUAUAAAGAUGCCUCCCCUGGACGUCAGGGGCAGACUCGUUCUUCCACAGAUUCAGACCAGUGCUACACAAGAGAGACUUUUCAGGCGAGCAAGCAAGGUUCCCCAUGCGGCCACAGAAAACAGCUCCAAGACCAAGAAAUCCGGGCUGAGCUGAACAAGCACUUUGGUCAUCCCAGUCAAGCUGUUUUUGAUGACGAAGCAGACAAGACCAGUGAACUGAGGAACAGUGAUUUUAGUAACGAACAAUUCUCCAAACUACCUAUGUUUAUAAAUUCAGGACUAGCUAUGGAUGGUCUAUUUGAUGACAGUGAAGAUGAAAGUGAUAAACUGAGCUACCCUUGGGAUGGGACACAAUCCUAUUCAUUGUUUGAUGUGUCACCUUCUUGUUCUUCUUUUAAUUCUCCAUGUAGAGAUUCAGUGUCUCCACCCAAAUCCUUAUUUUCUCAAAGAUCCCAAAGGAUAUACUCUAGAUCAAGGUCCUUUUCUCGACACAGGUCAUGUUCCCGAUCUCCAUAUUCCAGGUCAAGAUCAAGGUCACCAGGCAGCAGAUCUUCUUCAAGAUCUUGUUACUACUAUGAGUCCAGCCACUGCAGACACCGAGGACACCACAGUUCUCCCUUAUAUGCAAGGUCACGCUCCAGAUCGCCCUACAGCCGUAGGCCCAGGUAUGACAGCUAUGAAGAAUAUCAGCAUGAAAAGCUGAAGAGAGAAGAAUACCGCAAAGAGUAUGAGAAACGGGAGUCUGAAAGGGCCAAGCAAAGAGAGAGGCAAAGGCAGAAGGCAAUUGAAGAGCGUCGUGUGAUUUAUGUUGGGAAAAUCAGACCUGACACUACCCGGACAGAACUGAGGGACCGUUUUGAAGUUUUUGGUGAAAUUGAGGAGUGCACAGUAAAUCUGCAGCAUGAUGGAGACAGCUACGGUUUCAUCACCUACCGCUAUACCUGUGAUGCUUUUGCUGCUCUUGAAAAUGGAUACACUUUACGCAGGUCAAAUGAACCUGACUUGGAGCUGUACUUUUGUGGACGCAAGCAAUAUUUCAAGUCUAACUAUGCAGACCUAGAUUCACACUCAGAUGAUUUUGACCCUGCUUCUACCAAGAGCAAAUAUGACUCUCUGGAUUUUGAUAGUUUACUGAAAGAGGCCCAGAGAAGCCUGCGCAGGUAACAAGCCCACAGGCUGAGGAUAAUGGAGGGAUGGUGAAUACCUCACAGGACAUCACGUCCUUCAAUAUGGACUCUUGAAAGUCAUACUUAGGAAUUUAUCCUACUUUACACUCUCUGUACAAAAUUAAAAAAAAAAAAAAGGUUUACAUGAACACGGCUGCUGACGAGGGAAGAGGCCUAAGGGACAUCCAGUAAGCACAUGUUUAUCCAUGGGGGUCAGCUUUGCUUUUCUGGGAUGACAGUGGUGGUGGUUGUGGCAUUUUGUGUGUGUAUGUGUAUGUAUGUAAAAGCACGCAUACAUGUGUGCGUGUGCCUGUGUGUGUCUUUGUGUUGGGGGGGGGGGAUGUGAGGGUACAAGCAAUGGCUGGCGAGAGUGCAAAUGGAAACCACUUGAAGUGACAGCAGUUCCAUAGAGAGACACUUAAAACCUAGAACUUCAAAAUGUCCGUGCUGUAUCUAAAAAGAGAAAAAUAAAUAAAUCAAAGGAAAAAGCAAUCAAACCGCAGAUCACCCUAUACUGACCACGGGUGAUUCCUGGGCUUCAGCUGCUGAGCUCUUGUUUUUUAGAAAGAGAAAACACAAGCAAACACAACCUUCUCUGGUAUUGUAAUGAUGAUGUGACAAUCCUGAGGAAACAAUGGGUCCCGCAGACCUAAUAUCCUCUCUCUCUCUCUCUCUCUCUUUUUUUUUCUUUUUCUUUUUCUUAUUCCUUGUUGACCUUGGAGCCUGGAUGGAAGCAUAAACAGCGGGCAUCGGAAUACUAAACCUCUUAACAUUUUGAAGUUUCUGUAGUUCAUCCUUUAUCCUGAUACCCAUGUAAAUGUCCCAAAUGUGGAUCUUCCACAGCAGAUUUUAAAAAGCCUUGUCAAUGGUCACACGUGCAACUUGUUCAGCAGUCCUUUCUGAUGAGUGGACACGAUGUUACUUUAAUAACGAGAGUUGGGUAGAACUAUCUGGGAUAUGUUCAGAUAGUGAGUGUAUUUGCUACAUUCUCCAAUGUAGUUAAGUAUUUACAGAUGUUCAAUGGAGUAUUUUUAUUUUGUGUACAUACUCUAUGACGAUGUUCUUUUUUGUUACAGCUAUGCACUGUAAAUGCAGCCUUCUUUUCAAAACUGCUCAAUUUUUCUUAAUCAAGAAUAUUCAAAUGUAAUUAGGAGGUGAAACAAUUAUUGUACACUAACAUAUUUAGAAAGCUGAACUUAUGCUUAUAUAUAUUUGAUUGUAAAAAAAAAGACAGUGUGUGUGUUUGUUGAGUGCAAAACAAAAAAGAAAAAAAAAAACACAAACCGUUGCUUUAUGCACAUUCAUCCCUUCUUCGGUGAGCUUUGAUCUAAGCUUCUUGUCAAGGAAAAUCCUAGCCCCCAAAAGGUAUUCACCACUUCUGCGAUAUUUUUCCACAUUUUCUUGUUGCUUGUUUUUCUUUGAAGUUUUAUACACUGGAUUUGUUAGGGGGAUGAAAUUUUCUCAUCUAAAAAUUUUUCUAGAAGAGAUCAUGAUUUUAUGUAAAGUCUCUCAAUGGAUAAUCAUUAAGAAAUGUUUUUAUUUUCUGUAUCAACAGUAGUUUUGAAACUAGAGGUCAAGGAUCUUUUUAAAAUGCUGUUUUGUUUUAUUUUUCGUGAUUUUAAUUUGAUACAAAAUGCUGAGGUAAUAAUUAUAGUAUGAUUUUUACAAUAAUUAAUAUGUGUGUAUGAAAUCUUUCUUCAAAGCCAGUAUCUCUCUUCAUUGGCAGAGUUCAAGAAUGGUAUUUAUAUUUUUUACAGUUAUGCAUCCUGUAUAAAUACUGAUAUUUCAUUCCUUUGUUUACUAAAGAGACAUAUUUAUCAGUUGCAAGAUAGCAUAUUUAUUAUAAAUUAUGAGGUGGCAAAAAUAAGAAAGCCAGUGGAAAUGUUAUACCCAGGAUGCAUGACACUUGUCAGGUUGGAAUUUUAAGCACUUCAUUUGGGAAAUUCAGCUUUUGCAGAAGCAAUGUUUCUACUUGCACUAGCAUGGCCUCCCAAUGUGACCAUGACAUUGUUCUUGAUAACAUUGCUUCUUCUAAAUUAAAUGGAAACUUCCGAAAACCUCCAUCUUGAGCAUCCGGAUUUCAUCUUGAGUGUGGAGUCCCUGGAGCUGAAUCAGUAAAGUCUGGAGAAUGUAUUCAAGUUUAUAAAUUGAUAUUCGAUUACUGUUUGGCAUUCAUGACUUCGUUUUAAAGAUACGGUAUACCUCCCUACUUAAUCUUUCUGUUCUCUCCCCCUCCCCCAAUGCAAUCUUAUAAAACUGAUUUCACCCCCAGGCUAAUGCAGCAGAUUUUGAUAGCUGCAUUCAUUUAUCACCAGCAGAUUGUGUUCUGAGAGAUUCCACUGUCUGUCCUGUCGGAUGCUUGCUUGACUUUUUGGCUUCUUAUUUCUAAGUAGAUAGAAAGCAAUAAAAAAAAUUAAAAAAUAAAUAAAAAAAUAAAAACUUGUUCACUGGUUCUGCGUUACAACAGUAACACCUUUAAUCCGCCUAAUUCUUAUUGUUCUGUAGGUUAAAAUGCAGGUAUUUUAACUCUGUGUGAACGCCAAACUAAAGUUUACAGUUUUUCUUUUUGAAUUUUGAGUAUCUUCUGUUGUAGAAUAAUGAUAAAAAAGACUAUUAAAAGCAAUAAAUUAUUUUUAAGAAAUCAAUAUUUAGUAUAUCAUAUUAUGUGUUCAAGGACCACCAGAUGCAUUACCUAUUUUGCCUUUAAAUUUUUGUGAUCCAGUUUUAAAUACAUUUUCUCUUUUGCCCUCAAUUGCUGACAUAAAUAUUUUUUUUAAAUUUAUUAAAAGAUAGCAACACAGACCUUAUGUCAUGGUUUAAUUUUUCCCCCCACUGGCCUGAUGACUAUUCUUUCCAUGAAGACAGCUCUCCUCCAUGGAUUUCAAAUUGCCUAUAAAAUCAGUGUAAAGAAAGGAUCACUAAACCAUCUGAAUAGUGCUUUUUAUAUCUUAAGCAGACACUGUGGGUAGCCCAUCAAAAAUGUAAAACUGUGUUCCCUUUAUUUUUAAGAGAACAUUUCAAACAAACACAUGCACCGCAUCAUUAUUGGAAGCCCAUUUCAGCAUAGAUCUGUAUGUCUUAUAGAUGAACUGUGUGCUGUUUGCUUUCAUGCUGUGGUAAGCUUCAUAUCUGCAAUAUUGGUAACUAAACUGGUGCUUUAUACAUGUGGGCCUUUUAAAGAGUCAUAGCAGAGGAAUUCCUACCUAACACAAACUGAUCGGGCCUCCAAAAUAAGGCAUCUUCAAAUUGAGGGGUUGGGGCUGAGAAUCAAUUCUAUGCUAAAUGACUUAGAACUACAGUUGGGCUAUCAAUAACCAAAACAGCAUGGUGAACAGGGUCUGUUCUACUAGGACAUGAUGGUUGGGUCAGUUGAAAAAAAAAAAAAAAAAGGAAACCUUGCAAUGCCUUUAGGUGUAAGCUUACAG